CGGUGAUAAGACGAAACGUGAUGAAGUUGGCUCUUUCCCUGUUGCUUUUGGGCGCAGUAGCCUCGCUGUGCCUGGCGGAGGCGGACCCGGAGGCGGACCCGGAGGCAAAACCUGCGGCAGAUCCGGCGGCCUGCGGAGGCAAGUUCUGCGGCGGCGGCGGCGGAGGUCUUAGCGUCAACUUGAAGGGCUCGCUCGCCAUCAACAAGGGCUUCGGUGGAGGUGGAGGUUUCCGCCGCGGAGGCUUCGGCCGCGGAGGUUUCCGAGGCGGGAGGUUCCAUGGCGGACGAGGCUUCGGAGGCGGGAGGUUCGGAGGUUUCGGAGGCGGGCAUCACGGAGGCUUCGGAGGCGGAGGCUUCGGCGGCCACCAUGGAGGCUUCGGCGGCCACCAUGGAGGUUUUGGAGGCGGAGGCUUCGGCGGCCACCACGGAGGCUUCAUAGCUAAACCCGUCCUCGUGAAACCCAUUGGCUUUCACGGCUGCUGCGGCUGAGCUCAUGCUGUCCACCGUUUUCUACAGGAAGGAACUCUCCCCAAAACAAAAGGAACCAAAUUUAAGGGUAGACUUAAGAAUUACGUGUAUGAUUCUGUCAAUAAAAUAUUACUUGAAG